AUGGCUCAACAUUUCCACAUCGCCCACCUAUCCGCUCAUAAACCGAAGGAAACGUCUAGUCCUUCGACCAUUCUUCAACUCGCUUCUCGGCUGCUCCCCGCGCCUGCCACACCCGAAGAGUUGGAGGAUGGUCUAAACCCGAAAGAACCUGUUGUUCAUGCAGUUGUGAGUCAAGAGAAUCUGGAAACACCUGUAAAAGAUGGAAUACGGCAUCAAAAGAAAGUCGUCGUAGUCGGCGCCGGCAUUGCCGGACUUCGUGCUGCAUCCGUCUUGCGGGCCCAUGGCGUCCAAGUCGUUGUCCUCGAAGCCCGUCCUGAUCGCAUUGGCGGCCGUAUUUUCACGAGUAGGAAACCAGGGCAUGCUCCAAGAGACAUUGGCGCCGCCUGGAUGCACGAAACCGCCAACAACAAACUUGUCCGUCUCAUCGGUCAACUCAAUAUCGAACAUUACUAUGACGAUGGCACCCCCUUGUACUAUACGAAAGAUGGACGUCUCGGCUCGCAGUUCAAAGCCAAAAAGGUCGCCGAUGAAUUUGCCGACUUUUGCGAAUGGUACUAUGAUGAGAACCCCGAUGCUGAAGACAAGCCUGCCCUGAGUUUCAUCAAAGAAUGGCUUAGCACCCAUCCUCUAGUCACCGAGGACGAACGCCUUUGGGCUCCUCAGGCGGCACGUGAGGUCGAGGCUUGGAUUGGUACCAGUCUCGAGCAAGCCUCUUCCAAACAUCUCGCCUAUUUCGCCACCGAAAGAAACCUUUACAUGAAAGGAGGAUACGAUACGAUCGUUAACUGGGCCGCGUCAAGCCUCCGCGACUCCGACAUUAUCCGCCUUGGCCACACUGUGACGAAGAUUGUUUGGAACGACGAUUCAAACGAGGCGUGUGUGGUGCACACUACCACGAAAGAUGGCCAGUCUCCAACCUUUGUGGCGGACGCCAUUGUUUGCACCCUUCCUCUUGGUGUCUUGAAACAUAAUCUAGUCGAAUUCAGUCCAUCUCUCCCCAGAGAACUUUCCCUCGGUAUUCAGAAACUCGGUUAUGGCGCUCUGGGAAAGAUAUUUGUCGAGUUUGAAUCCGUUUUCUGGCCAAAGGACAAUGACCAGUUCAUCUAUUACCCCGAGCCAACAACCGACACCUCUGAUGAAAACUCCAUCUUCUCUUACAUGACCGUGACCAGCAAUAAUUGGAUCAUGAGUGGAACAAAAGAAUUGUCUGUCCAGAUCGUCGAACCACUCACCCAACGUGUCGAAGCCAUGGCCUCUAAUGAGGAGGUUUACGCCUUUUUUGAACCCCUCUUCAAAUUGUUCCGUACCGAACCCUACAAAAAGCUUCCUCCAGUGGUGAAUCUGGAAACGACACACUGGACUCAGGACGCCUUUGCCGGAUUCGGCACCUACACCGCCGACAAGACAGGCGACGAACCGGAAGUUUGGAUGAGUGCUGUAGAUAAUAAUAAGGGAAGCAAGCUGCAGUUCGCUGGCGAGCACUGCGCGCGGACUGGAAACGGAUGCGUGCAUGGUGCAUUCGCCACUGGCGAAACGGCAGCCGUCAACCUUUUGGGUUUGUUGGAGAUUCCUCACAAUGGGGGAGAUCUCUUCAGCAGACGUUCUUCGAGGAAGACACCACCCAGACAUUAA